CUUAGCUUUUAUUUCCCCCAUCCAAUCCCCUUUUCCUUUUCCCCAACGCGAAUAUGAGCAACCGAGUCAUUUCGAUGUGGACCGGUUCGACUCGGAACCGAGUCAUAGUCAUAGUCCUCACCUUCGCCGCCACCGUCAAACUCUCUCACUCUCUCUACCGCAAACUCCGCCGCUCAAGAACUCGCUCCGGAACGAUGUCGUUUGCUGCACCACCGGAAAACGACACCGAAUCUCUCAGACGCAGCCGUAUUCUCUCCAGCAAGCUCUACCUCGACGUCCCGAGCUCCAAGGUGCCGUUGAUUUACUCUUCGACGUAUGAUAUCGCAUUUCUCGGCAUUGAGAAGCUGCACCCGUUCGAUUCGGCUAAAUGGGGUCGGAUAUGUAGAUUCCUGUCCAUGGAUGAUGUUGUGGACAAAAAUUGCAUUGUAGAGCCAAAGGAAGCUACAAAGGAGGAUCUUCUUGUGGUGCAUACAGAAGCAUACUUGAAUAGUCUAAAGAAAAGUGCAGAUGUUGCUAUGAUAAUUGAGGUACCUCCUGUUGCCCUAUUUCCGAAUUGCCUCGUGCAGCAGAAAGUUCUCAGUCCAUUUCGCAACCAGGUGGGGGGAACUAUCUUGGCUGCCAAGCUUGCAAAAGAACGAGGAUGGGCCAUCAAUGUGGGAGGAGGGUUUCAUCAUUGUUGUGGGGGAAAAGGAGGUGGAUUCUGUGCUUAUGCUGAUAUUUCUCUUUGCAUACAUUUUGCCUUUGUGCGGUUAAACAUAUCAAGGGUGAUGAUUAUUGAUCUUGAUGCACAUCAAGGAAAUGGCCAUGAAACAGAUUUUGCCAAUGACAGUCGAGUCUAUAUCCUGGAUAUGUACAACCCUGGAAUAUAUCCAUUUGAUUAUGAAGCAAGGACAUUCAUUGAUCAGAGGAUUGAAGUAGCGAGUGGCACUACAACAGCCGAGUACUUGAGAAAGUUAGAUGAAGCUCUUGAGGUUGCUGCUCAUAAUUUUGCUCCUGAGUUGAUAGUCUACAAUGCUGGAACUGAUAUUCUAGAUGGCGAUCCUCUGGGCAGGUUGAAGAUCAGUCCUGAUGGGAUAACUCAUAGGGAUGAGAAAGUCUUCAGGUUUGCUCUCGAGAGGAAUGUUCCCAUUGUCAUGCUCACAUCAGGUGGUUACAUGAAGUCUAGUGCAAGAGUUAUCGCAGACUCGAUAGCCAAUCUCUCAAACAAAUCCCUGAUUGAUAUGGGGAGAAAGACUUCUUCUAUAUGAAAUGUCCCUCAACAUCCUAUGUGGCUACCCUAGAGUCCAUGCCUUUCAACAGAUGAACUUCAGGCUUCACAUAUGCAGCAUCUUAAAUGGGCUACGCUUGCAGCUUCUGGUUGUAAUUGAUGUUGUAUGAUAGUAGAUGUAUUAUUAGCAAGGAUGCAUAGUAACUACAUGAAGCAGGCCAAGAGAUGCGACAUCCUAGUGUCUGUGGGGAUUCUCUGUCUAAAAUGUACUAUUGGAGUGGUACUUCUCAAAGCACAUCAAUGACUUCGAAUGUUAGGUAUAGAUAGCUCGAAAUACAGGUAAUCCUGUUAAUGAAGUGACUGGUGGAAAUGCUGCAAAUGAUCAAGCAUGGAGUUAAAUCUGUUGAGGUAGUGUAUGAGUAUGGGACGUUAUCUCAUAAAUAUGAGAUUAAGACUGCACCAACCAAAAUGAAUCGGAUACAAACCUGGAUGGUGAAGCAUCUCAGUCGAGAAUAUUGACAACAGUUGGGUUGUGCAGAAACUGUGUUGAUUAUCAUUAUCCCAGAUUUGUCGUACUUAUGUCCCAGUGCAGUUAUAUGAACUUUAGGGUUGGGUUUU